CUAAAAAAAUGGGUGCAGAAGCCAAAAAGCAGAAAAUGGCAGAAGAGGAAAUCGGCAUUGAUGGGAAGCUGGUUAUUUCUGUUGAGAAACUGCAAGAGGUUCAAGACGAACUCGAGAAGAUUAAUGAGAAAGCAAGUGAUGAAGUGUUGGAAAUUGAACAAAAGUACAGUCAUGUCCGCCGACCAGUCUAUGAUAGGCGUAAUGAUAUUAUUAAAGCUAUUCCUGACUUCUGGCUGACGGCCUUCUUGAGUCAUCCUGUUCUUGGGGAACUUCUAACUGAAGAGGACCAUAAGAUUUUCAAGUUUCUAAGUUCGGUCGAAGUGGAAGACUCUAAGGAUGUGAAAUCAGGUUAUACGAUCACGUUUAACUUCAAUUCAAAUCCUUAUUUUGAAAAUACAAAGCUCUCGAAGAACUAUACCUUUCUUGAAGAUGGACCUACAAAAAUCACUGCUUCGACAAUACAAUGGACGGAAGGCAGGGGCAUUCCUAAUGGAGUUGCUCAUGAGAAGAAAGGAAACAAGCGAUCCCUUGCUGAGGAAAGCUUCUUUAGCUGGUUCAGUGAAGUCAAUCAGAAGGACGAUGGUGAAGAUGACGAGGAUGUCUUUCUGGAGAUUCAAGAUGAAGUUGCUGAGAUAAUCAAGGACGACUUGUGGCCGAACCCUCUAACUUAUUUUAACAAUGAUCCUGAUGAAGAAGAUCUUGAGGAGGACGAAGGUGGUGAUGAGGAAAAGGACAGUGAAGGCUCAGACGAGGAUGAUGAUGAGUGAAUUCUUAUACUACCUCUUUUCGAGUUAUCAUCUCCAAAAGUUUUGUUGAAUAGGUUUUGGUGUCUGUAGAGAGGCUUUAAAAUGUUGGGAAUUUAGGUGAGGUCAUGCAAUUGCUAACGUAACUCUACAUGUUUUUUGAACUUUGAUGGUUUUAUUAAGUUUAAGCAGCACCCCCUUUUCAUUGAUUAAUGUCUUAAUCAUACCGUUGUUCGCAAGGGAGGGAUCAAUGGAGUGUAACUUGUUCGAGAACUCGAAGAUUUUACCUGGCAAAUCACUUUUUAUCUUUAUUGAUUCUGUUUAAG